AUGACGUCUUGGACGACGACGACGACGACGGCGACGACGACUAUGACUUUGACGGGCGCAGUGGGUAUGGUAUCAGCAUGUCCCAACUGCGGCAUCGGACUGCCUGACCAACCGGUUAUGGCAUUAGAGGCCCAGAAGCAGAUUGAGGAUCUCGAGGCCCAGGUGCGACUGCUCACCCAGAAAGCCACAGACGCAGCAGCUAAGAGACGAGCAGUCGAUCGGUGGGCGGACUACGAAGACGAAAUCCAAGAACUCAAGACGCGAAAUGCACGCUCGUCGAUAGAAGCAGCCCGUGCCGAGGCCGGGUCGUCCCCCAGGAGCUCCUCCUAUCUACCAGUACAGAACCGUCUCUCGUCCUUCCUGACCCGAAAGUCGACCCCGAAUCUCAAGAACCCCGCCCCGCCCAACGCACCUUCCGCGACGGAUCUCGUGGCCGCGUUGACGAGGGAGCAGGCGUUGCGACAGGCGGCCGACAAGAAGCUGGAUGAGGCGAGCGGGGAACUCGAGGAGCUGAGCGCGCAGCUGUUCAUGCAGGCCAAUGAGAUGGUGGCGACGGAACGGAAAGCGAGAGCGAAAUUGGAGGAGCGGGUUGCGUUGCUGGAGAGUAGGGAUGGGGAAAAGAGGAAGCGGCUCGAGAGGUUGGAAGGGGCUGUUGCGCGGAUCGAGAGGGUGAGGGGAUUGCUUGCGCCGGGGCGAUGA